AUGAAGCGUUCGCCAUCAGCUCCCGAGGCCGUCCCUGCAGCUCCCGAGGCCGUCCCUGCAGCUCCCGAGGCCCCUGCAGCUCCCGAGGCCGUCCCUGCAGCUCCCGAGGCCCCUGCAGCUCCCGAGGCCGUCCCUGCAGCUCCCGAGGCCGUCCCUGCAGCUCCCGAGGCCGUCCCUGCAGCUCCCGAGGCCGUCCCUGCAGCUCCCGAGGCCCCUUUAGCUCCCGAGGCCCCUUCAGCUCCCGAGGCCCCUUCAGCUCCCGAGGCCCCUUCAGCUCCCGAGGCCCCUUCAGCUCCCGAGGCCCCUGCAGCUCCCGAGGCCCCUGCAGCUCCCGAGGCCCCUGCAGCUCCCGAGGCCCCUGCAGCUCCCGAGGCCCCUGCAGCUCCCGAGGCCGUCCCUGCAGCUCCCGAGGCCGUCCCUGCAGCUCCUGAGGCCGUCCCUGCAGCUCCCGAGGCCCCUUUAGCUCCCGAGGCCCCUGCAGCUCCCGAGGCCCCUUCAGCUCCCGAAGCCCCUGCAGCUCCCCAGGCCCCUGCAGCUCCCGAGGCCCCUUCAGCUCCCGAGGCCGCCCCUGCAGCUCCCGAGGUUCCUGCAGCCGCCGCUCGGACCACAAUACCAGUGCCUUCAGUAAAAAACAGUGAAACAGUCUCCACGAGUCCAAAACCAGUCUCCAAAUCCUCUGGUCCACUCAGUCCUGCUCCAGACCUUCAAACCACCACCACAGACGCCUCUUUGAAGACUUCAGGAAGUACUGUCGACUCGGGAAAGACGAGAGAAACCCCUAAGGACAGUUUAAGAACUUCAGUGGAUCCCAAACAUACCGGACUAACAGACUCCCAAAAGUCUGUGGCGACGCUGGACCAAAAGACUGAGGGGAAUGUGAUGAAUGCUAAUGAUGCUAAUGAGGCUAAUGAUGCCGGGGUUUCUAAGGUAACCCAACAGAGCACGAGCAUGGGGCCUGGGGAUCCGCUCAUGGACAAGACUGAGGUGAUGGAGUUCGAUACCUCAGACGACCAGAACGAGCCCGAGUUCAGUCCCACAGAGACCUCACCCCUCACUGACUCCACCGACGAGGCCGACCUGAGGGAUCUGAUGGUCUCCAACAAACAGGACUUGGACCCGAGCUACAUUGAUGAUGAUGAAGAUGAAGGUGAUGAAGAUUACCUGUCGAUGCAGAGGCCUGAGGUGAGACCAGAAGUGAAGACCCGCCUGGAGACCAUCGAUACCGAAGACCAGAACUCACACUUCUUCUUCCACCUGGUCACUCUGGCCUUUCUGGUGGCCAUCGUCUACAUCACAUACCACAACAAGAGGAAGAUCUUCCUGUUGGCUCAGAGUCGCAGAUGGAGAGACAGUCUCUGUUCUCGGAACACAGUGGAAUAUCAUCGUCUGGACACGAACGUCAACGAAGCCAUGCCCUCCCUGAAGAUCACCCGAGACUACAUCUUCUAA